CGGGCGCAUGGAGCGGCGGCGCUGCCCGGCCGGGGAUGCAUGCCCCGCCGCCCUGGGGGGCUGGCGGGGACCGCCACGGGGGGCCUGCAGCCAUAACCAACAGACCACAGCAUUCAGGCAUCCUGUGAGUGGGCAGUUUUCUCCAGAAAAUAGUGAAUUUAUUCUUCAAGAAGAGCCACAUCCACAUAUGUCGAAGCAAGAGAGAAACCAAAGACCGUCUAGCAUGGUCAGUGAAACAUCCACAGCUGGAACCACGUCGACCGUGGAGGCCAAGCCUGGCCCCAAGAUCAUGAAGCCCAGCAAUAAAGUCCACAGCUUUGGGAAGAGGGACCAGGCCAUUCGGAGGAACCCCAAUGUUCCAGUGGUGGUGAGGGGGUGGCUACACAAGCAGGACAGUUCUGGGAUGAGGCUGUGGAAAAGGAGGUGGUUUGUGCUUGCUGAUUAUUGCUUGUUUUACUAUAAAGACAGCCGAGAAGAAGCUGUCCUUGGGAGCAUCCCUCUGCCCAGCUAUGUGAUCUCGCCUGUGGCCCCUGAGGACCGCAUAAGCCGCAAGUAUUCCUUUAAGGCUGUGCACACAGGGAUGCGAGCACUCAUCUACAAUAGUUCCACCGGGGGUUCUCAGGCUGAGCAGACAGGCAUGAGGACCUACUACUUCAGUGCUGACACCCAGGAGGACAUGAACGCUUGGGUCCGGGCCAUGAACCAGGCCGCACAGGUGCUGUCUCGAUCAUCACUAAAGAGGGACAUGGAGAAGGUGGAGCGGCAGGCGGUCCCCCAGGCCAAUCAUGCAGAGUCCUGUCAAGAAUGUGGCCAUGUGGGACCUGGACAUGCAAGGGAUUGUCCUCAUCACAGCCAUGAGGAUUCCUUUGGCUUCGAGAGGCGGGAGCAAGAGGAAGAACGUUACCGUUCCCAGAGGGACCCACUGGAGGGCAAGCGAGACAGGAGCAAGGCCAGGUCCCCAUACUCACCAGCUGAGGAGGAUGCCUUGUUUGUGGAUUUACCUGGUGGCCUGAGAGGACAACAAGCACAGCCCCAGCGGGCAGAGAAGAAUGGGGUGCUGCCCACCACGUAUGGCCCAGGAGAGCAGAAUGGGACUGGCGGGUAUCAGCGGGCCUUUCCUCCCAGGAACAACCCUGAAAAGCACAGCCAGAGGAAGAGCAGCCUGGCCCAGGUGGAGCACUGGGCAAAAGCCCAGAAGGGGGACAGCAGGAGCCUGCCCCCGGACCAGACCCUGCCUCGUCAGGGUCCUAGCCAGUCCCUGUCCUUCCCAGAAAACUACCAGACCCUUCCUAAGAGCACCCGACAUCCCUCAGGGGGCUCCUCGCCCCCUCCCCGCAACCUGCCGAGUGACUACAAGUACGCACAGGACCGAGCCAGCCACCUGAAGAUGUCGAGCGAGGAGCGCAGGGCACACCGGGACGGCACCGUGUGGCAGCUCUAUGAGUGGCAGCAGCGCCAGCAGUUCCGGCAUGGCAGCCCCACGGCACCCAUCUGUGCCGGCUCACCAGAGUUCACCGACCAGGGCCGGAGCAGGAGCAUGCUGGAGGUGCCCCGCUCCAUCUCUGUGCCUCCAUCUCCCUCGGACAUUCCCCCGCCGGGCCCCCCGAGGGUCUUCCCUCCCCGGCGGCCACACACGCCAGCAGAGAGGGUCACCGUGAAGCCGCCGGACCAGCGGAGGAGUGUGGACAUCUCUCUGGGGGGUUCUCCCAGGAAGGCACGGGGCCACACCACCAAGAACUCUUCUCAUGUGGACCGACGCUCCAUGCCCUCCAUGGGCUACAUGACCCACACUGUCAGCGCUCCCAGUUUACAUGGAAAAUCGGCUGAUGAUACCUACCUCCAGCUGAAGAAAGACCUGGAGUACCUGGACCUAAAGAUGACAGGCCGGGAUCUUGUCAAGGAUCGAAGUCUGAAGCCGGUGAAGAUUGCAGAAAGCGACAUUGACGUCAAACUGAGCAUCUUCUGUGAACAAGACAGGAUCCUCCAAGACUUGGAAGACAAGAUCCGAGCCCUCAAGGAGAACAAAGACCAGCUGGAGUCCGUGCUGGAGGUAUUGCACAGACAGAUGGAGCAGUACCGAGACCAGCCCCAGCACCUGGAGAAGAUUGCUUACCAGCAGAGGUUGCUGCAGGAGGACCUCGUCCACAUCCGGGCGGAGAUCUCCAGAGAGUCCACUGAGAUGGAAAAUGCCUGGAAUGAAUACCUGAAGUUAGAGAGUGAUGUGGAACAGCUGAAGCAGACUCUGCAAGAACAACACAGAAGAGCCUUUUUUUUCCAGGAGAAAUCACAGAUACAGAAGGAUCUCUGGAGGAUUGAAGACGUCAUUGCAGGCCUGAGUGCAAAUAAAGAGAACUUUAGAAUCCUGGUGGAAUCGGUCAAAAAUCCAGAGAGAAAAACGGUGCCUUUGUUUCCUCACCCGCCUGUGCCUUCACUCUCGACUUCUGAGAGCAAGCCGCCCCCACAGCCCAGCCCUCCCACCAGUCCCGUGCGGACCCCUCUGGAGGUUCGACUCUUCCCCCAGCUGCAAACCUAUGUGCCGUACCGACCUCAUCCACCCCAGCUGAGGAAAGUGACGUCCCCUCUUCAGUCACCAACCAAGACAAAGCCCAAAGUUGAAGACGAGGCACCUCCCAGGCCCCCACUCCCUGAGCUCUACAGUCCAGAGGACCAGCCCCCGGCCGUGCCACCUCUGCCCAAGGAGGCCACCAUCAUCCGGCACACUUCAGUGAGGGGCCUUAAGCGGCAGUCGGACGAGAGGAAGCGGGACCGGGAGCAGGGGCAGUGUGUGAAUGGGGACUCCAGGGUAGAGCUCCGGUCAUACGUGAGUGAGCCUGAGCUGGCGACUUUCAGUGGGGACAUGGUCCAGCCCUCCCUGGGACUUGUGGACCCUGACAGCAGGUACCAGACACUGCCAGGCAGAGGGCUCUCAGGGUCCACGUCAAGGCUCCAGCAGUCGUCCACCAUUGCUCCCUACGUUACACUCCGGAGGGGUCUCAAUGCCGAAAGCAGCAAGGUGACCUUCCCUAGACCCAAGAGUGCCUUGGAGCGUCUGUACUCAGGGGAUCAUCAGCGGGGCAAGAUGAGCGCAGAGGAGCAGCUGGAGCGCAUGAAGCGGCACCAGAAGGCCCUGGUCCGGGAGCGCAAGAGGACGCUGAGCCAAGGAGAGAGGACGGGCCCACCCUCGUCCCGCUACCUCAGCCAACCUCUCCCCGGAGAUCUUGGCUCAUGGAAGCGUGAGCAGGACUUUGACCUGCAGUUGCUGGAACGGGCCAUGCAAGGGGAAAGGAAGGACAAGGAGGAGAAUGGCUGGUUGAAAGUACAGGCCAUACCAGUCACUGAGUUGGACCUGGAACCUCAAGACUAUGAUUUGGACAUCAGCAGAGAGCUGUCCAAACCAGAGAAGGUCUCCAUCCCUGAGCGUUACGUGGAGCUGGACCCUGAGGAGCCGCCCAGCCUUGAGGAGCUGCAGGCGCGGUAUCGCAAAGCCGAGAAGAUCCGCAACAUCCUUGCUCGCUCCAGCAUGUGCAACCUGCAGCCGCCAUCAGGCCAGGACCGGAACAGCGUGGCUGACCUGGACUCACAGUUGCAGGAACAGGAGCGCAUCAUCAAUAUCUCCUAUGCUCUGGCCUCCGAGGCCUCCCAGCGCAGCAAGCAGGUGGCAGCCCAGGCAGUGACUGACCCGUGACCCAACGUGCAAAGGAGAAGUGUGGAGCCAGGGGCCCAGUGGAACCAGUUUCCUCCGAGAAGAUUGAUCUUCCUUCCCCCAAGGAAACCCCUUCCAGCCCAGCAGGGGUUCUCGCUGGAGGAAGGAGCAGCCCACCACAACUGCGGGGCAUUUACCAUAGGGCUAGGUCCUAACCCCUCCCCCACCCCCAACGUUAGUUCAGACUCCUUUUUACAUAUGACAAAGGCACUUUUGAUACACACUGUAAAAUACUGAUGCUGUGUUUUAGAAUCAGAAUAUAUUUUAUAAUGUUCACUUCAAGGGCUGAGUGGCUGGAAAGGUGAGGAUGCAGGACUUUGGAGCUGCACAUACAGAUUCAGGUACUGCUUGGGUGGUAGGUAUGGGUAGGGGAG